AUGUCGGGAGAUAAUGAGACAGAAGACCCUGAGGUCUCGGAUGGCGCUUCGGAGAAUGAGUAUAGUGACCAAGAUCCAGAUCUUGAUGUCGUAAAGGAGGGCGACGAUAAUUCGAGCAUGGCGGAGCAGAAAGUCAAACCGGAGACUGAUGAGAAUGGGAAAGCUGUGGGAGGAUCGACGGUGACAACAACGAAGCCAAAAUUGGAUCCCAAAGAUCCUUUACGACCGAGAAGAAAGAAGGCUAGAAGAGCAUGCUUUGCAUGUCAAAGGGCUCACUUGACUUGCGGCGACGAGCGUCCUUGCCAACGAUGUAUCAAGCGGGGUCUUGCCGACGCAUGCCAAGACGGUGUUAGGAAGAAGGCAAAGUAUCUUCACGAUGCUCCUCCAGAAGCCCUACGACCUGUUCUAGGACCCAACUUCAAUCAAGUAAAUAACUCUCGACCAAAUCAUGCACCACCUGCGCCUGGUAACUCGACACCAGACACUUCUCAAGGAGUUAGCAGUGGGUUCUUCUCGCAGCCUGACAUUUCUCCUUCCUAUUCUUUGUAUACUGGACAGUCAAACUCGAUGGCUCCACCAUUACAAUCGAGGCUCUCUUAUGGACCACAACAAUCACCAUUGUCGCCAGACUUUCAACCCCGAGUCAGUCGACAAAAUUCAUUACAGCAAAACAUGCCAGUGCAGCAAGUCUCGAAUGAUGUGCAAGGCGCUUUCGGCGGAGCCUUAUUCGAUCCCAGUAAUCCCGCUCUGUUCAAUUUCGAUCUUGAAGGUCUAAAUUUUGGAAAUCACUAUGGUGCGUUAGAAUUCGGCAUGCUAGGGCAUAUGUCUUCGGGUGCUGGAGAAGUGGAACCAAAGGGCUCAAUAUCAUCACAAGGGAUGGAAAGUGUUAAUUUUAAUAACAGUGGGGUUUUUGGAAACGGAAUGGAUCAGUUCAACCCGGUCUAUUCACAAGACAUGCUUCCAGAGUUUGUGGGGGUAGAAAGACAAAAUAAUUCCGGGCAGAUGUUUGCACAUCCUAUACAUCAUGGUCCACCACACGCGUAUGCAAUUGCAACAGGACCUACAAGUCUUCAUAGUCCCAGUACAGACGCGAGCCCGAGUGCGAGUGGGAUGGGAUUCGAAAGCAGUCCGACCACAUUUACUACUCCUGCAGGGACACCACUUCAGCAACCUGCCCAGCAUCGCCCUCCGAGACGAAAUGAUUCUAAGCCUGUAUUGAGUCAAAAAUUCGGACCGUCGUCUGCAGUAGGAAAACGAACCCGAGAUGCUUCGUCUGUCUACGACACGGUUCAUGAGCCGUAUCCAUAUACCACGGGGUUUCAUAGCCUCACCGCAUUUCUGCAACGACGCUUUUCACCUGCUAAAACGCUUCGAAUAGCAAAAUCGCUGGCAUCCAUUCGGCCGUCCUUUAUAUCCUGUACAAAGACUUUAAAUCGACAGGACUUGAUAUUUAUGGAAAAGUGCUUUCAAAGGACUCUUUUUGAAUAUGACGAUUUCAUGCUAAAUUGCUGCACGCCAACACUCGUUUGUCGAAGGACUGGCGAGGUUGCUGCCGUGAACAAGGAAUUCACUAUGAUGACUGGAUGGAAGAAAGACGUGCUGCUCGGAUAUGAAGCAAAUUGCAAUAUCAAUACAGGGAAGAGUGCGGAUUCUGGAGUCAAUAGCUCAGGUCCCGCGAGUCUAGGAAAUACAGGUCGAGCAGGCCUCGCGACACCUAGAAUGCGUCCUUUGACCCUGGCCGAAUCCCAGACGAAGGAAGGUAAACCACAGCCGGUCUUCAUCGCCGAGCUGAUGGACGAUGAUUCCGUGAUUGAGUUCUAUGAAGACUUUGCGCGCUUGGCUUUUGGUGAUAGCAGAGGGAGCGUCACGACACGCGGCAAGCUUCUGAAAUAUCAGACUAAAGAAAGUCUAGAAGCGUCACCCGAGCGAAGUAUUAAAGAAGAGGCUAAACACCAUCCGCCGCUCAACGGCGGGAUUGGCGGUAUGGGCGGGAGAGUCCGCGAAAUUGAUGGCGAACAUGGGAUCGGCACGCUCGAGAGGGAUGGGAAGAUGGAUUUUUUUGCCUUGCAUAUGAAGAACGCAAUAUCGGCGAUUGAAGGACAGGAAAAGUGA